AUGCCAGGCACUUUCACUCACGAGUUCGCCACAGAGCUCUACAAUGGCACCGUGACAGUGAACACCGGCUUAUUCAUCAACGGACAGUUUGUUGAUUCCGUCGACCGCGAGAGUAUCGACGUCAUCAGUCCCGUGGACGGCAGUGUGAUCACAAAGGUUUCCAUUGGGAACGCGAGAGACAUCGACAUUGCCGUCAAGGCUGCCAGGGCCGCCUUCAAGAGCUCCUGGGGCCUCAAGGUGCCGGGUUCCGAGCGUGGCAAGCUCCUGUACAAGCUUGCCGACCUUCUUGAGAAGAAUGCAGAUGCAGUUGCAGCCAUCGAGGCUCUCGAUGCUGGCAAGCCUUUCGUUUACGCAAAGGGCCAGGACGUUCAGGACGCCAUUGACAAUCUACGCUACUUCGCUGGCUGGGCAGACAAGAACCACGGUCAGACCAUCGAGACAGCUGAAGCUAAGUUCGCCUACACCCGACAUGAGCCCAUUGGUACUGUGGCAGGGAUCGUUCCAUGGAACUUCCCAUUGUAUAUCACUAUCUGGAAAAUUGCUCCUGCGCUUGCGACUGGCAACACCAUCGUCCUCAAGCCAUCCGAGAUGACACCGCUCUCUGCACUCAAGCUCGCCGAGCUCGCCAAGGAGGCUGGCUUCCCUGACGGCGUCCUCAACGUGGUGACCGGCUACGGCGCGGUUGCAGGUCAGGCGCUCACAGAGCACCCGCUAGUCGGGAAGGUGUCGUUCACCGGCAGCACAACCAUCGGCCGCAAGGUCAUGGAGACUGCGGCGAAGACGAAUCUGAAGCGUGUGACGCUCGAACUUGGGGGCAACAGCCCGACGCUCAUCUUCGACGACGCAAAUCUCGAGCAGACCGUCAAGUGGGUCUGCUGGAUCAUCUUCCAUAACUGUGGCCAGAUGUGCGCUGCCGGCGCACGCAUCCUCGUCCAGGAGGGAAUCUACGACAAGUUCCUCCAGGCUUUCACUGACGCAGCGGAGUCGCUCAAGCAAGGUGAUAGCUUCAAGGCAACGACCCAGCAAGGUCCUCUCGUCUCCAAGACGCAGCUCGACCGCGUGCUCGGCUACAUCGAGUCCGGCAAGCAGGAAGGUGCACGUAUCGUCACUGGCGGCUCGCACAUCGAGGGACCAGGCUACUUCGUGAAGCCGACGAUCUUUGUUGAUGUGAAGCCAGACAUGAAGAUUGUGCGGGAGGAGAUCUUCGGACCUGUUGCCGUCGUGUUUAAAUUCAAGACUGAAGAGGAGGCGAUUGAGGCUGCGAAUGACACUGAUUACGGCUUGUCGAGCUACGUGUUCACUGAGAAUGUUAGCCGCGCGAUUCGAGUCUCGAACGCGAUCGAAGCCGGCAGCUGCUUCAUCAAUGAGGCUAUACUGAUGCGCCCGCAGGUACCAUUUGGCGGCUACAAGCAGUCGGGCUACGGCAAGGAUAUGAGCGAGUAUGCUCUUGAGGCCUACACUCAAGUAAAGGCUGUCCACGUCAACUUGAGCCUCAAACUAUGA